AUGAUACCCAGUCUGUUCGCUCUUUGCCUUGGCCUCCCGGCCCUGACGCUCGCCGCUCGUCAGCCCAAGGAUGCCAUCAAGCUCUCCGACGUCAAGUCCCUUACCCUCCGCGGCAAGGGCGCCAUGACGAACCACCGUCGCGUAUCGGCCAUUCCCCAGCUGCGCUGCGUCUCGCGCGGCGCUAUCUGCGACCUCUACGAAAUCGACGUCAUGCGCUGCACCAACCAAGGCUCCUCCUGGGGCGAUGAGGACAUCGAAUGGAGCUGCACCGCGUCGCUCCCCGAGGAGCUCAAGCUCGGCAGCACCGACGUCAUCUGUGAAGGAUAUGCAUACCCCGACGACCCCUACGUCCUCAAGGGCAGCUGCGGCGUCGAGUACCAGCUCGCCCUGACCAGCAAGGGCGAGCGACGAUACCCCGACAUCGCCAACGGCGGCUGGUUCAAUGACGGUCGCGGUGGCAUUGACUGGGGCGCUUUGGUCUUUACCAUUAUCUUCGUUAGCAUUCUCGGCUGGAUCAUCUACUCGGCAUGCUGUGUGGCCCAAAGGAAUACUGCCAACAACAACCGUCCUCGACGUCGACCAGAUGGCUGGGGUGGUCCUGGUGGAUGGGGUCCUGGAUGGGGCCCUGGCGACGACCCUCCUCCUCCGUAUCCCGGAACGAAGCCUCAAAACACAGAUAGUUGGAGGCCAGGCUUCUGGUCCGGAGCCGCUGGAGGAGCUGCCGCUGGAUACUGGGCUGGUAGCCGCAACAGCAACAACAAUAACCACUGCCACCACGAUAGCAAUAGUAAUUACGGUAGCAUUGGACGUGGAGGUGGAGGAUGGAAUUGGGGUGGAUCAGGAUCAUUAUCUGGCUCUAACAACUCUAACCGCCAUGAAAGCACUGGCUUCGGUUCAACCAGCCGACGCUAG